AUGUCAUCUUCCUUGGACGAAGCAAUUCCGAGUCACCAGACCGUCCUUGGAUGUGGUCAACUCUGUUUGGAUUACUUAGUCACAGUGCCGUCUUUCCCAAUUCCCGACCAAAAGAUCCGAGGCACAAGUUUUAAGGUCGACGAAGAUACUAUAUUAUGUUCAAGGAGGUGGAAAUACUGGGAAUGCUUUAACAUGCGUUGCUCGUUUGGGUUUGCCUUCUAG